UAAAACUAUAGUGUCGUUUAUAAAUAAAAUGUCCAAGCCUAUUUUAUCAUUAAAGCAGUUUAUGUUAAAACAAGAGGUAAAGGCAUUAUAUCGAAAAAUAUUUAAAGCUAUAAGAGAAGUUCCUGAUAAAACUUAUCAAGAAGAAUUAAAACAGUGGACAAGAAGGGAUUUCAGAAGUAAUGCAAAUCAAACUGAUGAAAUUUCUAUCAGAAUGUCCCUUAAAUAUGGAGAAAGAUGCCUUCGGGAAUUAGAGACGAGCUUAAGUUUAGCAAAAUGAAACACAGUAAACAAUAAAAAGUGUUUUUAAUAAAUUGUACAUUAAAACAAAGCGUUCCACACAGCUUGCAUACAAUGAGUGACUAAAAUAAACGUGAUGAAAGUAGUUAAUGUUAAAACUAUUAAAUUUGUUUUCUUUUUUCCUAGCAUUUUUACCAACAUAAUAUUCCCCAGGAUACUUAUUAUGUAUUGGCCGUCCAUAAACCAACAUGGAAUUAUGUUUAUAACGCCUAAACCCAUUGAAACAACAAUAACGUACCUUAAAAGUUUCAUAGUUC